UGCCAAUAGCAUCAAGUUUUACUAACUUUACUUAUCAAGAGUCAAAAUCAUCUUCUGUAAUCCCUCGAAUAUGGAAACCUUAUGUUUAUAAAGAUGGUACUUUACUUGUUCGAAUUAUUCGAAGAGAUGCUGCCAAUAGCAUUAAUAAUAAAGUAUGCCUCCAACAAAUAUUAUCUCUACGAAUAAUAUAUCCCAACGGAACCGUAACUGAACUUGAUGUUGACUUGAAGAUUCAAUCUUUUAAUUAUUGUCUUAUUGCGGCUAGUCCGCAAAAUUUGGAAGCAAUACACUUAUACCCUUUAGAAACUGGUUAUUUCCUAGUAAAAUAUUUUAAUGCUACAAAUGUUAAUGAUUACUCUACUUAUGAAGAAUGGAUAAUGUUAGUUAAUUGGAAUGGUGUAAUGCUUAGUAAAGCAUUUCUUGGUCGCGCUUUCAUAACUCCAGCCGGCCAAUGGGACCCUCUCCAAACCACUAUAAGGGUUAAUAUCUCUCCUGAGAAGGGCUUUUUGCGACUUUCCGCGAUAAGCAAUACCACAAGCGCUUCUUGGUCUCAAUAUUUCAU